GUUAUAUAAUUUAGUUUUCGUAAAAAUGCACGUGGAGAAUACCCUUCCAGAUGAUGAUAGGGAUCAUCCAAAGAAUAAACUAGAGUAUAAGCCAAUAAAGGGGGCUACUAUUGAGCCAUAUAGGCCAAUGAAGGAGAUUCACCUCAAGUUCAAGUCUGAGGCACAUGAAGAAGAGAAGGUUGCGAAGUCUAGGACUCCCUCGCCGUCUAAACGUCAUGAUGGCCUCGAAGCUCCUGCUAUUCCUACGUUUGAUAAGAUCGAAGAUGUUGACAGACAUUUCAUCGAGAUUCAUAACCAUCUCCUUGGAGCAGAAGAUGCUGAGUUCUCUGAAGAUUAUGAAGAAGAGCUCCUCAUCCGCAAAAUGGAACAACAAGUCAAACAAAUGUGGAGUGAAAUGGGAAUCGAGGACAAAUAAGACCAAGAGCAUUAAGAAACUCAACUCUCGUGAAAAGAGAAGAUACAUUAAGGAUGGAUUCGACCUUGACUUAGCCUUUAUUACUCCUCGAAUCAUUGCAAUGGGGUACCCCAGUACAGGUGUUGAGGCGAUGAUCAGGAAUAAUAUGAAGGAUGUCCAGAGAUUUCUGAAGACCAAAUAUGAAGGCCAUUACAAGGUCUAUAACCUCUGUACUGAGAGGAAAUAUGGUGAAAAUUGAUUCAAAAAUUGUAGUAGAGAGUUUAUCUUUGAUGAUCAUAAUGCACCCAUGUUCUACAUGCUCAAGAGUUUUUGCAUGGAUCUGGACAAUUGGUUCAAAGAAGAUGAGAGAAAUGUUGCUUGCAUCCAUUGCAAGGCAGGGAAAGGAAGAACUGGAGUUAUGAUUUGAGCUUAUUUGUUAUACUCAGGCAAGUUCACCAAAGCUAAAGAUGCUAUCGACUUUUAUGCCUAUGCCAGAACGAAUAACAAGAAGGGAGUAACCAUUCCUUCUCAGAUCAGAUAUGUACAUUAUUUUGCUGAUAGUUUGGAUAAAGAUUUUGAAAUUCAAAAAGUUGCCAUCAAGUUGAACAAAAUCAGGAUGCUCACAAUUCCUAAAGUCAGUGGAGGAGGGUGUAGUCCUUACUUUAUCAUUAAAAAUGACCACAAAGACGAGAAAGCUAAGCAUUUUAGUUCAAAAGAUGAAAUAAAAACAGAGUUUAUUUGAGAAAAAAAUUUCUUUGAUUUCCAUAUUCUGUCAGAACUCUUCCUAAUAGAUGAUGUGAAGAUCGAAUUUUUUCACAAAACAGCGUACUCCAAAAAGAAGCUAUUCCACUUCUGGUUUCACACAUCCUUCUUGGAUAAAUCAGGCAUCUUAGUCCUGCCCAAGUGUCAGAUUGAUAAAGCAGAUAAGGACAAGAAAUGAAAGAUUUACGAAGAAAGUUUUGGCCUUGAGCUUUAUUAUGAGAUUAUCGACCGAUACGUAAUUUCUGAGUAUAAUAAACCAGAGAAGAAGUACACAAGAGAAGAAGAGUUCUUAUUCAAGCUAGCUAAGAAGCUACCUAACAUGUAUCAAAUCCCUGAAAUUUAGAAUGAAACUUACCCAUGUCUUUGCUAAAUUUUAUAACUCUCAAAGGC